UAAUGUUGUAUGUUGCAGUGAUCUGUUCAGCUGAAGGUAAGAAUAGCAUAAUGAACCUUACACACAGGAUGGUCAAGAACUUGUGUGCAAACUUAACCAUGGAACAUAACCAACUGGAUAUUCCUCAUCUAUCUGAAGUCAACAACAACAGUGGAUUUCGAGUCUCCUUUCGCAAGAACACUGGACUAAUCGGCCAAUCCGAUGGCUUCAUCGUCACUGCUGCUACCUCCCUUUGGCUCCCUCUCUCAUCUCAAGCUCUCUUUGGUUUCUUCAGAGAUGAAAAAAUGCGAGCUCAGUGGGACGUGCUCUCUAAUGGGAAUCCAUCCCAAGAAAUUGCUAGUAUCUCAUACGGAAAUCAUCCGGAAAAUCGUAUAUCUAUCCUUCAGCCUCUGAUUACCUGUGACAACAACAUGCUUGUGGUUCAAGAAACCUGCAUUGAUCCUCUUGGAACAAUAGUGGCAUAUGCACCAAUUGACCUAAAAUGUCUGGAUAUGGCAGCAAAUGGUGUGGAUUCUUCCAACAUACCAAUACUUCCAUCAGGAAUCAUAAUCUCCAGUGAUGGCCAUCCAAUUCUUGCCACCAGAGACGGUGCUUCAACUUCAAGCGCAACCACCACUGUCACUGGUGGUGUUGGUGGUUCCAUUCUCACGGUGGCUUUUCAGAUACUGGCGUGUGAGGCGUCAUCUUCCAAAAAGUUGAACAUGGAGUUUGUGAGUAGCAUCAAUGCUCUUAUUAACUCCACUGUUCAGAAUAUAAAGUCUGCUUUUAAUUGCACUGGGCUUUGAUUGACCUCUCUUGCCUCUUGGUGGUUUGAUGGAUUUGU